AUGUCUUCCGAUAGCGAUAGAACAUCAAUAAGAGCUAGGACGAUAGUCAUAGUAGGCGCUGGGCCAUCGGGUGUGGCGGCAGCAAAAUAUCUCCGAGCUGAGAAGGCAUUUGAUAAGAUCGUCUUGUUUGAACAACGAAGCCGACCAGGAGGUAUCUGGAUAUACACAGGCGAACAGCGAGAUGAGAAUCUCUUCGACAUACCUCAGACCAAUCCCAACAGAGACGUCCAAAAACCAGAGUGGCAAUCCGAAGAUGCAAUAGCGAAUGGGAACAUCGAUACGAAUGGCAUCAAUGGGACUUCAAAAAUACCCUCCUUCCUGUCGCCAAUGUACUCCAACCUCGAAACGAAUAUACCAAGAGGGCUAAUGGGCUUCCAAGACCUAGACUGGCCCGCCCAAAGUCAACUCUUUCCUACUCAUGAGACAGUACUAAAAUAUAUCGACGAUUACUCCGCGGAUGUACAAGACCUUGUCCGAUACUGUACACAAGUCAUCGAUAUCAGCCCAAUGGAACCCAAUGUCGCCAGCAGCCCAUGGAGAAUCAUUACGCGAAACUUACUCACGAAUGAAGAUACUUCCGAAGUCUACGAUGCAGUCAUUGUAGCAAACGGCCACUUCAUAGUUCCCUACAUCCCACCCAUGACCGGUAUCAAGGAGUGGGCUGCACAGCACCCCGGCUGCAUCAGCCAUUCGAAGUACUACCGCAAACCCGAAGACUUUACCGGAAAGAAAACAAUCGUCAUAGGCAACUCAGCGUCUGGUGCAGACGUGAGCGCUCAGAUCGCUGAGUUCUGUCAAAAGCCACUGCUCUGGUCAACAAGAUCGCAAUCCAUGUUCAGCGCAACCCACGGAACAGCAGGCGAAGACCAAAAGAGACGAGAAGUUCCGCCCAUUAAGCAGUUUCUCCCUAACAGUAGAGGCGUGAUGUUCGAGGACGGAACAGAAGAGCGCGACAUCGAUGCGAUUGUCUUUGCUACCGGAUACUUCUACAGCCUGCCCUUCCUGCAAGAUGUAGAACCUAAACUCAUCACCACUGGUGAGAGGGUAAACCACACAUACCAGCAUCUCUUCUACGCACCCCGACCAACGCUCAGUUUCCUGGCCCUCAACCAACGCGUCAUCCCCUUCCCAAUAGCAGAAGCUCAAUCCGCCGUCCUGGCACGCGUAUACGCCGGUCGUCUCUCGCUUCCCUCACACUUAGAAAUGCGCGACUGGGAAAAGAGCAUAGAGGAAGAAAUGGGUGCUGGACGGAAUUUCCAUCUUUUGCCUUUCCCCAAGGAUGCAAAUUAUAUCAAUGCAAUGAGUAGAUGGGCAUUGAGCGCUGAGAGCAAGGAGGGGUUGGAAAACAACGGCAAGGGGAAGAUACCACCGAUCUGGGGUGAAUGGGAAUACUGGUGUCGUGAGAACUUCCCCAAGAUAAGACAAGCCUUUGGGAAGAUGGGAGAGAAAAGGAAGGACAUAAGAGAUGUGAAGGAAUUAGGCUUUGACUUUGAAAAAUACCAAAAAGAGCAAGCGCGGCAGAAGGACGAACAAAACAAGAAAGGCGAGGAGCUGAUAUAA